AUGGUUGGCCAAUCCGGUUUCUUGGGUGGUUGGGAUUUCCCCCCUUCUCCCUCUCGUUUCCCCCCCUUCCGCCUCUCAUUUCCCCCCCUUCUCAAUCUCAUUUUCCCCCCCUUCUCCCUCUCAUUUCUCCCCCUUCCCCCUCUCGUUUCCCCCCCUCCUCCCUCUCGUUUUCCCCCCUUUCUCCCUCUCAUUUCUCCACCUUCCCUCUCUCGUUUCCCCCCCCUCCUCCCUCUCGUUUCCCCCUCCGCCUCUUGUUUCCCCCCCUUCUCCCUCUCAUUUCCCCCUCUCGUUUCCCCCCCUCCUCCUUCUCAUUUCCCCCUCCGUGUCUACUCAUUUCCCCCUCUCAUUCCCCACAAUUCCCUUCUUCGUCCCCUCGAUUCCCCCUCUCCUUCCCCUCCUUCCUUCUCUCCUUCCCCUCCUUCCGCCUCUCCUUCCCCUCAUUCCCCCCUCUUUCCCCUCAUUUCCCCCUCUCCUUACCCUCAUUUCCCCCUCUCGUUACCUUCAUUUCCCCAUCUCCUUCCCCUCAUUUCGCCCUCCUUCCCCUCAUUCUCCCUUUCCUUACCCUUAUUUCCCCCUUUGUGUCCCCUCAUCUCCCCCUCUCGUUUCCCAUAUUUUCCCUACUCAGCCCCCUCGUUUUCCCCUCCCCUCAUUUCUUCCUCUCGUUCCACAAAAUCCCCCCCCUGUCGUUCCUCGCAUUUCCCCUUCUCCGUCCUCUCCUCUCCCUCUCCCCUCCCUUACUCCUCCUUCCCCUCAUUUUCCCCUCUCCCUCACCUCAUUUCCCCUUCUCCUUUCCCUCAUUUUCCCCCUCCUUUACUCCUCCUUCCCCUCAUUUUCCCCUCUCCCUCACCUCAUUUCCCCCUCUCCUUUCCCUCAUUUUCCCCCUCCUUCCCCUAA